AUGAGUUACUCAAAGUUGCUUGUGCUAUUGUUUGGCCUGGUGGUUCUCAUCAGUUCAUCUCUAGCUGAGUACAAUGAAAAACCCAAGCCACCCACUCCUUCUCCUAUUUACAAGCCCCCAGCUCCCAUCAAGAAGCCAUCACCACCAAUAGUGCCCAAACCCAAACCACCAACUCCUCCUAUUUACAAGCCCCCAGCUCCCAUCAAGAAGCCAUCCCCACCAAUAGUGCCCAAACCCAAACCACCAACUCUGCCUCCUAGAGUGGUGAGGCCACCACCACCCUCACCUUAUGGCAAACCACCAAGCACUCAGCCUCCUAUUAUACAUGUACCGCCGCCUACACCGGUGACCAAGCCACUUCCACCACCUUAUCCUAAGACACCAACUCUACCUCCAGUUGUGAAACCACCCACACCUAGUUACCCUAAACACCCUCCUCCAAUCAAGGCUCCUCUACCCCCAAAAAAGCCAGAAGGGAAGAAACCUCUACCUCCAACUCCAUAUAAGAAGAAGCCUCCCCCAUACUACAGUCCACCCCACAAGCCCUGA